AUGGAAAACAACACCUGGGUGGAGAAAGACACCUUGGUGAAGAUGGGCUACAUCAAGCUCGUUCAGCGUGAGGAUGAGCGUCAGGCUGCCAUGGCAGGACUGAUGACGAAGCAGCUCACCCAGCCGGGUGUGGAGAAGCACUUGGCAGACUUCGGCGUCGACGCCGAGUCCGCAAGCCACACGCAGAUCAACCAGCUCAGUGGUGGAAUGAAGGUGAAGAUCGUCCUCGCGGCUGCCAUGUGGCAGAAUCCGCACGUGCUCAUCCUUGACGAGCCGACCAACUACCUGGAUCGCGACGGGCUGGGUGCCCUGGUUCUGGCGAUCAAGGAUUACAAGGGCGGUGUCCUCAUUAUCUCCCACAACAAGGAGUUCUGCGACAGCGUGGCCACCGAGAAGUGGAUCAUGCAGGCAGGCCGCUUGCGCAUCGAGGGCGAGUCUAUCGACAACUCCAAGGAUGACGGCGAUGCAAACAAAGGCCCUGAUGAGGUCUUCGAUGGUGCCGGCAACAAGAUCGAAGUCAAGAAGAGCGUCACCAUGACCGAGAAGGACAAGAAGAAGUCCAUCAAGGACAUUGAGAAGAAGAUCAAGGACGGCAAGAAGAAGCAGACGAUGACCGACGAGGAGAUCUGGGAGCUCGAGGACAAGCUCAACGAGCUGAAGGAGAGCCUGAAGGGCAAGGAGUGA